CUCUUCUCGGCCGCGGGUUUCAUCGUCCCACUCUGAAGAAGAAGACGAAGAAGAGCAGCUAGGGUUUCUUCAAGCUCGAUUCAAUGGCCACACAAGUUGGGAUGGGGCUCUCCAGGGCCCUGAUCUUGAUCGGAGCUGGUUUUACUGGCUCACUUGUCUUCCGUAAUGGCCGUGAAUUUUUUGCUGAUAUCCAGGAGAAAUCUGGAGAUAAGUCGGGUGAUUCUGAUGUUAUUGUUGCCCAGAUGCGUCGGUUGGCUCAGGAGAUCAGCGUGCUUGCUUCUUCUCAUCCAGUAACUAUUCUGAAUGGAAAUUCUGGCCAAGAUGGAAGCAUAGCAGCACUCAUUGUGCCAGCAGCAACUGUGGGGGCAGUAGGCUAUGGGUACAUGUGGUGGAAAGGCGUUUCCUUCUCUGAUAUGAUGUAUGUCACAAAGUGUAAUAUGGCCAAUGCUGUUUCAAGCAUGGCAAAUCAUUUGGAGAAAGUCUCUGCUGCUUUAGCUGCGACCAAAAAGCAUCUGACACAGCGAAUUCAGCUCUUGGAUGACAAGUUGGAUGAGCAAAAAGAGAUGUCAACAGGAAUAAAGCAUGAGGUUUCUGAUGCUUGCAGUAAAUUAGAAACUAUUGAUUGUGAACUGAAUACACUCCAGCAGCUUGUUCGGGGUCUGAAUGGAAAGGUGGACGCAAUAGAGGACAAACAGGAAUUUGCUAGUGCUGGAAUCUCAUAUAUCUGCAACUUCAUAAGCCAAAGAGGAGCAAAAUUGCCCGAUUACCUUCAGCUGAUACUGCAGGAUAUGCCCAAGCCUAGUGGAAGGCGUUUUUACUUGAAUUGUGUGGAGAGUGGAGGUUUGAAGGGUCUGCAGUACGCAGCAGAAAGUGUGGUUUCAAGAAAUCUGGAUGGGCUCAAAACAGACACAACUUUGCAAGUUGUUCCAAUUCCACAAACUAUUGCACGUGUGUGACCAGGGCUACCGUAUUAGAUGAUGAUUUGGUGAUAUAGAAUCACAAGCUUAAACAAGCAUGAAGAUCAUCCUUCUCCUCUCUCAAUGUUUUGGGCAAGAAUUACUUUUUUUUUUUUUUUGGGUAGUCUGUCAUUAUUUAACUGUUACUAUAAUUAAUAUGCUCAACCGAGUUGCUUGUAGGAUUGAAAUACCAAAUAACUAGAGUGAUUGAAAAGUCACUAUUAUGCAGCACUCUAAU